AUGACAAGUGAUCAAAAACAGUAUAUAAAUUUCUCUGAAAAAUUCGAUGGAUUAGCAUCUGAUAUAGAUGAUAUUAGAGAUUUAUUGAAGGAAGUUUUACAGUAUAAUCAAAAUAUUAUUGAUGCAAUAUCGGAUCUCAAUAUAUUAUCUAAUAUAACUAUUAAGAAAAAAUCCCGCUAUGAUGCAGGCACGCAAGUGCCAUUGUUCCACAAUAAGCAUCGAAUCAAAGAUUCCUCCGAAUUACAAAAUAAAAUUGUUAAGCUUGAAAAUAGAAUAGAUAUGUUAGAUGAUGAUUUGAUUGAGCUUAAGCGGGAAAUAGACGAUAUUAAAAAAGAUCUUAUCCGAAUAUAA